AAAUGAAAAUCUAAAAGUCUCGAAAUUUUCAUCUUUUCUCACUGGCCCUCUCUCUCUCUCUCUCUCUCUCUCUAGGGUUUAAGCGCUGCCGGAGUGGGUGUUUCAGUGAGCUCUUUCAAUGGCGAACCCUAAAUCCGUCGAUCCGUCCCUAUGGUGGGAUUCGUUUGGAUCUCUUCUGAGCGAGCUCGAGAAUGCAUCUCUCUCUGAUGAACUCCCACAGCCCAUCGCGGAGAAGUUGGAGGAAAACCGCGCGUGGUUUGUUAACACAGUGACGAUGUUCAAACCAGCGAGUGGGAAAUCAAAAGAUGCUUUGGAAUCGGAUGUAGUCAAGAUUAAGGAGCAGCAUCGCUUGGUGAUUAAGCCCGACCUCAAAGAAAAAGCCCUUCGAAUCAGCUCUUAUCUGAAUCUAGAUGAAAUCCAAUCGUACAUCCUUGUGGAAAGAUCCAUGGAGCAGGACUUUGGAACUAUUGACUCGCCACCUCAAGAUUUCGUUGACCUGAUAUUGCUUCAGUAUUACUUUGAGCGCCAGUGCCUACUCAAGUGUACAAAGCGUAUUCUCACCGAUGCUAUAUAUACAGCAAAAGAGGAAAGUACUAUUAGGAACGAAGCUGUAAAGCUUAUCUCGGAUGGCCUUGAAAGACAACAAUCAUCACUUCUCGAGAGCCUUUUCUCCUCUUCUUUUCCCCAGCAGAUGGAUGUCAAUCUAUUUAAUGUGUGGGCGGAGGCGACCCUAGUUGAGGACAGUUUGGUGUUGGAUAUUCUUUUCCUUCUUUAUCAUGAAUCCUUUCACACUUGUAAUGGAGACAGAUGGAGAACACUGUGUUCCUUAUACAAGGGAAUUCUUUUGGGCUCCUAUAGCUUUAGGAAGCUGGCUGUGUCAGCUGAAGCACAGCAUUCUGCAUGCCGUGUAAAAAUUCAGUUGUUGAUGAUCCUUAUCGACACGCUGGAUAUGGAGAAUUUGUUACAAAUGGUUCAUGACGGAGUCCCUUUCAGGUCUGGCGCUUGUGUUUUUUCCAUUAUUGAUGUCCAAGAGAUGGAUGCAACAAUCUCUAGCCUCAACACUCUCGAAGUAAAAGAAGCAGGACCCCUAGUCCUUGCAUGGGCAGUAUUUCUGUGUCUUAUUUCAUCACUUCCUGGGAAGGAGGAAAGUCCUUUCCUGAUGGAGAUAGAUCACGUGAGCUAUGUUCAUCAAGCUUUUGAGGCAUCAUCAUUGAGCUAUUUUCUUGAAGUUCUUCAAAGUAAUGUGUUAGAUGAUUUCGAUGGACCAAUUUCUGGUUUUCGUAGUGUCUUGAGGACUUUUGUUUCAGCAUUUAUUGCGUCUUAUGAGAUCAAUAUUCAGCUGGAAGAUGCCAAUCUGGAGUUGAUACUGGACAUCCUUUGCAAGGUUUAUCAAGGAGAGGAGUCCCUUUGUACUCAGUUUUGGGAUCGAAAAAGUUAUGUUGAUGGCCCUAUUCGGUAUCUUCUCUUUGAUUUGGAGAGGGAAUUUCCUUUCAGAAGUGUUGAAUUCAUUCGUCUCUUGGCGUCCUUGAGUGAAGGAAGUUGGCCCGCUGAAUGUGUAUACAACUUUCUGGAUAAAUCAGUCGGGAUAUCAACUUUAUUUGAUAUUACUAGUGACUCUCGAGUAGAUGAUGCUUCCCAGCUAGUUGAAACUUCCCGGCCGUUGCAAAUUCCAGGUCUUGAAGGUUUAGUUAUUCCGAGCAAUACUCGUGGGCGAAUUCUGAGAUUAAUCAAUGAAAACACUGGCCUUGUGCGGUGGGAGUAUUCACUCUCCGGCGCUACAGUAUUGAUCAUCCAUCUGGCCAAUGUACUCUACACUGGUAACAAUCGUGAAGCUUUUGUGAUUCUAGAGCUGCUUCGUCGAUUGGUAACAUUUAACAGGGCCGUAUGUUUCUCCUUACUGAAUAUCAGUCACUUUUUUCAUGAAAAUGGAUCGUACAUGGAUGAGAAGCUGGAAAGUGAUGUGAGAGUGGUUGAUAUAAUUUGCAAUUCAGUCAGAACCUUGACUUUUGACUCUAGCGGUGCAGCUCUGAUGGCAAUGGCUAUUGAUAUCUUAGCUAAGCUGUUGCGAUGUUCCCCAUCAAAUGUUGCUCCCAUGGUUCUAAAGGAAAAUAUAUUUGACAUGACUUCAGGGUCAGGCGUCCCAGAAUGUGGAUACAAUAUUUCUUUGAGUGGAUCCUGGUCGCUCUCCGGGAAACUGGCAAAA